UUGAAUGGCAAAUCGAACUCGGUUUAGUGUUCAGCUCUAGCCAACUCAAAUGAGUUGGAGAUGUCCUGACGGAGAGAAAAUGUGUUAAACAAAAGGGUAGGGUAUAGCGGAUCCGGACUGGAAUCAAGUCCAGUGUCAUGGCACCUACUAGUUACUCGAUCAAUUGCCCAAACCAAAGGCGACUUUUCUUCUACUCACAAAAUUGAUUGAUUCACAAAAUUUGGGUUGUGAUCGACAAGGAAUGGCAUUGGAUGUUGCUGAAUUUCUCUGGACCAAGUUCUUGAGCUCCCUUGAAGAGGCAGAUUCUGAAUUAUCAGGUUCGACUUUCUUCUCUUACUUCAGAGCAAUAAAAAAUGUCGUCAAAAAGACACAAGUACUGCCGGAACCGUACACCUACUGUGACAGUAUUCGUAUGCUCUACGAGCUCAACGACGCAUUGCCCGAGUGCCGAAUCUUCAUACGGGAUUGCAAUAAGCGUAAUAAGAAGCUCUUACUCUUCAACCCUUUAACCCAUGUUUUCGCCCACAGGAUGAAGGGUCGGCUUACCAGAAUAAAAGAGGAUCUUAUGAAAUUGGCGGUCCAAAGAGAACGGGAUCGUGAGAAUUUGGCGGCCGCACGAGAAGAAAUUAGGAAGCCUCCGGAUUUGAUCACCGUGAAAGGACCAAUACUUUCGUUGAAAGUUUUUGGAUUUGAAAAGUAUGUGGAGAAAAUUGAGGGUUUGCUUGAAGGGGGCUCUAGCCAUGCCCCAUUUAUGGGAAUUGGGGUAGUCGGGAUUGCAGGCGUGGGUAAGACCACUCUGGUGCGAAAGGUUUUGGAGAGCGAGAGAGUGAAGGGUGAGUUUAACCCUAUAAUAUGGUUACCCUUUUCGGGUAUGUGGGAAGAAGAAGGAGGUUUUAGUGCGUUCACCUUUGAGGCAUGGAUUCUUGAUAAUUUGGGCAAUGCUGUAGACAAGAAGAUUGUAGGCAUUGGUAAGCUCUUAGAAAUGCUUAACCAAAUUUUAUCCGGUAAGCGGUACUUGAUUGUGCUGGAUGAUGUGUGUCAUCGACACAUUACCAUUGAGGAACGCUUAUGGCACGGAUUGCCUAAGUGUGGAGGUGGCGCGGUCAUUGUUACUAGUAGAUCAGCGGAAGUGGCAAACAAGCUGGUGAAACAAAAUAACUUGGUUAUUGUUGAGCCUUUGGACAAAGAAAAAUGCUGGCUUAUAUUUCUGGAGACUAUUAAUGAAAAAGAUUUUUCAAGCAUCGCACAUCGUGAAACCUUGAAAAGGAUUGAGGACGAAAUUAAGGAUCAAUGUCAUGGUUUACCUUUGGCUGCUAAGACACUCGCAGAAAUAAUUGCUGAGUAGAUUCGUGAGAUGAGAUUGUAGUGCAGUGGGCUUCUUGUCCUCUGUUUCUGUAUUUGCUUUUUUAAAUCAAUGAAUGUAGUUUCUUAAGAAAAAAUUGACUGCUCUUCUCGA